CAUCGGGGUGUACCUCCUUACCACUGAUUCCUACUUGCUUGUCUUGGGUGAUAAUAGGAACAUAGGGGCAUCACAUUUACCCGUUACGCUGAUUGAAUAGUUAUCUUUCUCUUUCGGUCGUGCUUUUACUUUAAAAGCACUCAUCCACUAUUUUGAAUGUUAGCUGCAAUAAAGUUUGAAGAAGACCUGUUCAAUCAGAAAGAGCAGCAUCAUCAUCAGCAGCAGCAGACAAUGUAUGAAGGUUAUGAGUAUGCUUUACAUGGGCCCCAUCAUUAUGGUUUUCCUCCUCCAGGCCACAGCGGACAUGCGGGUUAUGUCCCGUUCCCUCCCACCAUUGACCAGCGCUAUGUACCAUACCAUCAGGAUCAUUAUUCCCCAACUGAGUUUCAACUGCCGGAACCACCACCUCCACCCUACCCAGCCCAGCCUGUCUGGAACCCUCAAAUGCAGGCCAUACGGAAACGCAAAAAUGCAGGGUAUCAGAGCUUUGAGAGUGGAGAGGAUGAAGACGAGGACAAAAAUGGCACGUCUUGACAUGGAAGAUACAAAAAAGUAUGGCAGGCAAAACCACAGUGAAAUUGAAAAGAGAAGGAGAGAUAAAAUGAACUCGUACAUAACGGAGCUCUCAGCCAUGGUGCCUAUGUGUAAUGCUAUGAAUAGAAAACUUGACAAGCUCACGGUCCUGAGAAUGGCUGUACAACACAUGAAAACUCUCAGAGGUGCCAGUAACUCAUACACCGAAGCUUGCCACAAGCCGUCCUUCCUGUCUGAUGAAGAAUUGAAACACCUGAUCCUCCAGGCUGCAUCAGGUUUCCUCUUUGUUGUUGGAUGUGAUAGAGGAAGAAUCCUCUAUGUGUCAGAGUCCGUCAUCGACACCUUAAACUAUUCUCAGUCUGACUUGAUAGGGCAAAGUUUAUUUGAUGUGCUCCACCCAAAGGAUAUUGGGAAAGUGAAGGAGCAGCUCUCGUCCUCAGAUCUCUCACCACGAGAGAGGCUCAUUGAUGCCAAGACCAUGCUUCCAGUGAAAACCGAGUUACCCCAGCAUCCGACGAGGCUCUGCUCCGGUGCAAGGCGCUCUUUUUUCUGCCGCAUGAAAUGUGGCAACAAGUCUUCAUCUUCCACAUCUGCCGUCAAAACAGAGAAAAAGCCAGAGUUAGAAGUCUGUCAGAGAAAAAAGAAGUCAGGUCGUAAGAGUUUCAGUAUUAUUCACUGCACGGGUUACCUUAAGUCGUGGUCAUCAUCACGCGUGGGGCUGGUGGAGGAGGGGGAGUGGGAAGGAGAUGGCUGUAAUUUGAGCUGUCUCGUAGCUGUGGGUCGCGUAGAGCCUGUCUGUAGCCCAUACAACAUCCCUGACAACAGUCAUAUCCAGGUGAGGCAGACAGAGUUUGUCUCCAGACACAGUAUUGAUGGCAAGUUCACCUAUAUAGAUCAGCGAGUUACCGUGAUACUUGGGUAUUUACCUCAGGAAUUGCUGGGCUCCUCUGUCUAUGAGUAUUACUAUCAAGAUGAUAUUAUCCCAAUGGCUGAUGUCCACCGCAAAGUUUUACGCUGCAAGGAGAAAGUUGAGAGUGGUGUAUUCCGAUUCAAGACUCGAGAUGGCUCGUUUCUGCACUUGCGUUCCAAGAGUUUUAGUUUCCACAAUCCAUGGACCAAAGAAGUCGAGUACAUUGUUUGUACCAACACAGUUGUUCCGAUGCAGGAGGUAACAAGCUCAAGUCAAACGUCUGAUCCCCAAGAGUACUCUGUGUUAAUGGCUGAUGAUAAUUCAUCGGACUCCAAAAUGACAGACUUGAUACAACGCACCACGGUUAAGCGAGGACUUCCUAUACCCGGGGUUCCAGGGGGUACAAGGGCAGGGGCGGGUCGUAUUGGGCGACAGAUUGCCGACGAAAUCAUAGAAACACAACGUGUGUCUGAUUCCCCUAACAAUGCUGACAGUAGCAACACACCAGGAACUUCCAAUCUUCCCAACUCCUCGCAACACCAGACGCCCCCCAAAACCAUGUCUCUUAGCCAAGCCAACAGCUCCAGUACAAGUACGAGCAAUGCUGCAGUGGUACAGAACAGACAUGGCCCAGCCCUAGGGGGUCAGAAUGGACUGAACCUGGGACGGAUUCUCCCCAACCAGAACGGUGCUAAUCUUCAACAUAACGGACCAGAAGAGAUCCUGGCAAUAGAGAACAGUUUGAUAGACAUUUUCAUGAAUGAGGACAUGCAGGACUUGCCUUGUGCAGGUGAUGAAGGCAAUGACGAGGCUGCAAUGGCUGUCAUUAUGAGUCUUCUGGAAGCUGAUGCUGGACUCGGGGGCCCUGUCGACUUCAACGAUUUACCCUGGCCACUCUAAGCAAGUCCCCAUAACAAACUAGUUGUGUUUGAACACCGUUGAAACCACACUGGGGUUUUUACAAUGUGGUUGUGAAAUGAGUUAGCUCCCUUGUUGUGGGACUGACCAUACUAUCAGACCUGGCAGGUUGUACUUUACUCUGACUGCAGUCCCACCAUAAGUGUCCCAUGACAAAGAAUGUGGCCUUAUCUGCAGUAGAAGGAGGAUGACUUAGACAGUGCUUUUUGUGGGAGACUGUUUGUAUUGACAUUUGUUCACAAGAUGAAAAUGUGCUUUCCUGGGCCGCCAGAUUUUCCCAUUGACAUCUUCCAGAGACAGUGAUGUAGGAAGAGCAGUAAAAUGCCUGUAGACUCCACGAUUCAUUUCGCUGAAAAUGAAGCUGUUUUGUUAGAGAUUGAUGGGAUCUCUUUAAUCCAUCACCCACUCAUUGUGUAAAUAGAACAGGAGAGCAGACUGUAUUUGCCCUGGCAUUUGCCCUGUGCCUUCACCUACUCAUUUGGAAGGACCUCAGAUGUUAAGUGUGGUUGGACAAAAUUUUAUUUAUUGUUAUUGUUUUCUUUGGAAAGUUUAAUUUUACUAAGUUUAAAAGAUUAUCAUCUUCAUUCCUUCACAUUGGGAAUUGUCUCAUAUCCAACUUUGUCAACAUAUCCAACUAUUUGUUAUUAGGUGCAGUAUUCAUGCUAAUAUAUUAAUUGUAAAUUUGAAUUGAUACUAGCCAGUUUAAUGAUAAGUAUAAAGUACAUUUGUGUAAUCAUUAUGAUUGAUACAAAGCUUCAUGGUGAGGGACUUGAUUGAGGGAUUUAUUUCCUGCUUUUACUGAUUCAGAGUGGUUUAUAUGUAAGCAAAGAUUUGUUGAAUGGUGUAAUGAGUGUUGCAGACUUUGUACAGUUAGAAAGGUGGAAUGAGUUCAGUACAUGUAUAUGUGAAAUGUUGUAAAACAUGUACAAAAAUAAAAAUGUGUAGGAGAGGAGACAAGGUUUAGGUGAGAGACGAAUGUGCUAUUGGAAGGAUGAAUGUGUUGCCAGGAGGAUGAAUGUGGAAGAGCAAAAUGACUGUGUGGGGUGAAGGAUGAAUGUGUUGCUAGUAGGAUGAAUGUGUUGGUAGGAGGAUGAAUGUGUUGCUAGUAGGAUGAAUGUGGUUGAGCAAGGAUGAAUGUGGAAGAGGAAGGAUGAAUUGUUGGACAGAUGAAUAUGUUGGUAGAAGGGUGAAUGUGUUGGUGGAGUGAUGAAUGCCUCAAGGGGAGGAUGAAUGUGGUUUAGCAAGGAUGAAUGUGUUUGAAGAAGGAUGAAUUGUUGGAUGGGUGAAUGUGUUGGUGGAAGGAUUAAUGUAGUUGUUAGGGGGAUAAAUUUGGUAAAUCAAGGAUUAAUAAGUUGGUGGAAGGAUGAAUGCCUUAAGGGGAGGAGGAAUGUGUUUGUGGAAGGAUCAUGGUAGCAGGAUAAGUUCCAUGAUAAAGAAGAAAAAAACAUUUCGCAUGUGGAUGAAAUGUUUUUGUGUGGUGAAACUAAAUGUAAAAUAUUUAAAUGUGGAUGAGAAUGUUUUUUGAGCACUGGAUGACUUUUUAAUGAAGAUAAAGUGGUAAAUGCAUUGAAGAAAAGGAGAUAACCCACUGAACCUAGUACACAUUACAGGUGUGCAUUGACUAACAUUAUAGUGUUGAAGUAGGUGUCAUGAAUGUUGGCGGUGUGCAUGCAGUUAAACUGUGAAAGAAUAGCGGAUGAUUUUAUUUGUGGUUUUGAACCCCUGUCCCUAGUCUUAAGUAUGUUAAAUGUAUACAGUGAAGUUGACAUGUACCAGGUUUGUGAUAUACAGUUACUGUUGUCGUUUGUUUUUAUUUAUUGAUGUGCUCAAGCCGUUCACAUAUGCCCUUAUAAACCAACCCUGCCUACAAUGACAGUCGAGGUGUACAUGUGUUGUUAUAGUUGUUUAGAAUUUUCUGUUUUGUUUUAUACGCUAACUGUCAUGUUGUUAUCUUUCAAUGUGGCCCAAGAUUCUGACGCCAGAAUUACACUUAUGAAGGAAUCGCAUACUCUAUCUACCACACGUACAUGUGAAAUGACUCCCAGUGUGAUGACUGUGACGUUCUUGAUCUCAGUUUUGGCUGUUGUUGUAAACCUGGUGACCUCAUACAGUCAGAUACAGCAUGUCUUCAACCCCCCUGAUUACCGACACACCCUUGCCUGUGUGCUGAUCUGCCCCGUCUAAACCCUUGUAUCAUUGUGAGGGCUUGUAAAGUACAGCAUCUACCUCAUUAGUUCAGUUGCCCAUCCUCUUCACCGCCAACAACACCGUAUCAGCACAGAGGCAUAUCCCCAAAUCAAACUACUUCCUAUCAUUUUUUUGGGCCUAUUAGUCAGAGCUGUGAUGCGAAAUUCACUUCUGAAGUUUUUGCUUGAAAGGCUGAAAAAAAUGUGUUGAUCAAAUGUCUGGCAAACAUGAGUGUGUCUGUCAGAUAAUUUCUUAUAUUCAGUACAUGGACACAGAGUUACCCAGAUAGCUAUGUCACACAUAUGUACAAACAGGUUUUGUUACACAUUUUUCAUAUGGUGGGUCCAAAUUUUUUUGAAGAUUUUAUAAAUUGCUGUGGCCAUUUUAUUUUUUAUAUUUUUUUUCACAAGAUGUUCUUGAGGAACCGGAAAAAAUGGCUAUCUUGUGGUGCACUUGUGGCUUGAAUCUUUAUACACCAUUUUUGAUUUUCCAGAGUGGGAGGUAGCCCUAUCCAGCACACUAAUGACUGGAUAAUUAUGAAACUCCAUGUGGUUAAGCCAGCCUGACGACACCUGUGUUUUCAAUCAUGAUCAUUACAAACAUGACACGUGUACAAUUUUUAAAUGAUUGUUGAUGGCCUAUUUUUACAGGGCCUUGGAAAUUAUAUUAUGUAUAAACAUAAAUUUUAUUAUGGAACAAAGGAAUGUACAUGGUUACAGUGUUAUGGUAACAUAUAUAUAUAUAAAUAUAUAUAGUGUAUUGGCCUUUAUGACAAAAUGAUACAGAUAUUUUAUGCCGUUAUCACAGUUUUAUAUGCCAACAUUCCAGCAUUGAUAUUACAACCACAACAUGAAAGAUUUCAGAGUGAUCACAUCCGCCUUAAUAAUUAAACUUAACAAGACAUGACAGAUAUGUGCAAGUAGCUCUUACAUGUACAUGCAUGUGUUUAUACUGGGGAAAAAACUGUAAAUCUGCUGCCUUUUUAUUUGGUCUCGCACCUGCCGUAUGGCCUAUAUACACAAAUGAUGAUUGUUGCUCUGAGUGCAUGGCUUUGUUAAAGUAGUGUAGCCAAUAGCAAAUUGGUGUGAUUUAUAGCCAGUACUAUGGCGUAUUUUGCUACACAGAAUUAGAAAACCCACCUACUUGUAUACACCUGUAGGUUGUGCCUGCCUCUUGUUUUUUUUUUGCAAACAGAUUUUCUUAUCUCUCCUGGGUAAAGCGAAUCCCUAAGUGUAUUCUUCCUGUGAGCUUUACCAAUUUACCUUUUAAAACUUGAACAGGAUGAGUUUCCAGUUUACAUUAAGGCCAGGUUUAAACAGAUUUAUGCAUCACAAUAAUUUGAUUUCUUGUUGGGAAGAACCUAGACAAAAAAGGACAUGAAGUUUAUCAAAAUGGAGAUUAUACGCACCUUUGUGUAUUAGUUUUGAAAUAGAUGUACAUGUACAUGAAAGUAUUCUGUGAGAAAGUUUAAAUCCACUUCUGUGUUAAAAACACAUGUAAAAUUUUGAGGGCCACUUGGACAAAAAGCCCAUCUUAUUGGGAUGCAAUCAAAGUGUACGCACCCCCUCCGAUGAACUUAACCACAUCCUCACCAGGCCACUUGCCCACAUGUAUGUUGUAAGGACUCAAACUUAGGGGACAUAACUGUGUGUUACCGGUGUAGAUUUA